GACUGCGUGAGAAUACGAGCUUGUCAAGGGCUUUUGCAGAGAACUCUCAUGUAGGCGAGGGAAGGCUAAAGGGCACCGUCCGCAGGCGAAUGAAGCAGGGUCAUGCAGUGCAAUGCAUUGCUCACUUCCUACGACAACUUGCAAUUUGCUUUGCUUUGCCAAGACACUACGUGGGUAUGAAAUCUGAUUUUCAUUGUUCAGACAUAGCCAGGAUGGUAGAAGAUUCGUGAUACAGCAAGAUCAAGUCAUGGAGAGGCUCAGCACUAGUCAAGUAACCAUAAGAAGAGGAGCGUCUGGCUAUACGAUACAUCAACCGAGGAGACAAAAAAACAACGAGAAGUGAGUCAUCGGAUCCGCGAUGUCACUAGAAUGUACAACAGGUGAGGGUGGUGUGAUGAUAGCUGUAUUGCGCCUCUCCAUUCGCAAGUCCAUUGUCUACGAAGAUGAGCGGCAGAGUUCCGCCUGAAGCUGUUCAGAGCCUGCGGAACGAUGAAGAGAGAACAGGAGAGCAGGUCACAGAGAGACGGUGCUGGCAGGCUGUGGUCGAGGGUACGGUAUCCGGCAGGCUCCGUGUGGCUCUUCAGUAGGCCCACCAAUGCGCCGCGUCUGGUUAUGCCGCCGGUCAGAGACUGACUCCAGAGGUGUUUGUACGUAUUUAGGUCCAGCUACCAAACCGACCUACAAGCCCAAGCGCGUUUACCCCUUCCUCUACAAGGAGAAGGUCAAUCUACAACCGGAUCGUCUUAAGUCAAGAGACUUAGAGACAUCCACACAUCUCACUCUAGUCGAGAUGUACUCCAUUCGCAUAUCAAGAUACCCCGCCCCAUCGCCGUCCCCAAGCAAAGCCUCCAUCGUCUUCGUUUCCGGUUCUGAAUCCAACUCUAUUCUUUUUAACGUCCCCAGCGGAGAGCUUGUCCAUGCUAUUUAAAUCUGCCUUUUAAUUCCGUUCUGUUUUGUGUCCCGGCCUACUCAACCCCUACUCAGUCUUGUUUUCUCUCGAUCUCUCAACUACUAUGCAUGCUGUUUCUCAUUCAUUGGCCCACAGAGGGCCUGGCGCCUCCCGCGCUAGGCCCCGUUGGCAACCUUAUUCCUCCAUCACUUCAACGCCUGCACCCUCUCUCCGCUCAUCUCCUAACAAUUAUCUGAAUACCCCCGCAUCAUCUGUAACACCAUCACCACCAUCUACGUCUUGCCUGAACCCAGUCCAAACAUGCCAUACCGACCGUUCUAGGAAAUUGCUUCCGAAUUCUUCGCAGAGCGUUCAGAUACGGGAAGCGCUGAAAAACAGAUAUGUCACUCGGUUGGUCGAUCAGGCUGUAAAUUCUCUGUGCGAUAUAUGGCAUCCGGACGACAUUCCCAUCGUCUUUCGUACUUCCUCGCGCACUGCGUUUUCAGCCUCUCUCCCUUGCGAUACCGCCGCCCUCCAACGAGAUGCGCCUCCUAACGUCGUUCUCCAAUAUUCCCAUCAUCGCAACACGCAACUUCCGUCCCCGAUCUCCCCAUCCACUCAGCCCUCACCAUAUUCUCCUCCACCCAUUCCAUCUACAUCUUCCGUAAUAGCCAUCGACGAAACAAGUUCGUCAGAAUCUCCCCGUGGGAGCCAGCAUUUACCCAUCAAAGGAUUUGUGCACGAGGUCUUGCGACGAUCUCGUACGUCUACUGGUGUACUGCAGACGGCGCUGUGCUAUCUGGAGGCCAUCCGUGGUAAAGUACCUGAGAUACUCCGGAAGGAGAAGUCCAAGGCCGAUAGCACCGAGCCGACACCAGAGGAAGAGGCCGAGAGCCGUAUUAUCAUCGGCGAAGUCGAAGAAGAACUUCGCUCCUUGACAGAUGCCUGUGACAGCAACACGAUUAUGGCUGCAAAAUGUGACAUCGUGGACACCAUUCGGAUCGACGAGAACGACCCGGCGCCGUUGACGGCCCCGCCGACCCUAGUCCUGCCCUCGAUGUCGCCGUCUUCCAUGCCGACCAUUACUGUCAACUCUAAGACGCCGUCCAUGCCGCUUCCCCCGAUGCCGCCGCUUCCGUCCCCGCUUCUUUGCCCUCGAAGAACUUUCCUCGCUUGUCUCAUCCUUGCUUCAAAAUUCAUGCAAGAUCGUUCCUAUUCCAAUCGUGCUUGGGCGAAACUCGCUGGGCUUCCCCCUCGCGAAAUCGGUCGUUGCGAACGAGCUCUCGGUGAAGCACUCCAAUGGCGUCUUUGGGUUGGCAAAUCUCCUGCCAACGCGGCUUCAUCUGCCAGUGGACUUCGUCCUGUUACGAGGUGCCGAAGUGAGAACGAUCUCUCCUUCAGUGUCAGUGAUUCUGCGACCAUGUCGGUAUCGCCGCCAUCUGCGUCAAAUAUCAGCAAGGUUUCUGGGCUUCGACGACAUGCCACCGUGCCGACCUUGGGUUCGAACUCGGCUCCUGUCCAGGAUCGGUUUGUGCAACACUCGAUGUUCUUGAACUCAAGGCCAGUGGAAGAGCCAGAAAACAUACUUUCGGAUACGUGCCAAGCCGAAUCCCCGGCGGCGAUGUUUGUCUCCCCUCCCACAAUGUUCGUCACACCACCUCCGGCAUCUUCACCGGGAUCGUAUAUACCUGCACCCCUUCAUCAUCCGCAAUCGUUUGCCUCGAUCUCGCAUUUCUUCACGGUCACGGACGACUCCUCUCCCUCGCUGUCAACGCCGGGACUGUCUUAUUCCCCCAUGUCGACUGCCUCUACGUCUUCAUCUGAAGACGGAGAACGGACCAUACAGAUGUCAAGUUGUUUCAUGGACCUCCCGACGCCCCUUCCUGUUUCCUCAAUGGCUAAGUUUGAUCUCGCUACCAACGCGAUGAACACGAAGUCCACCAUGGAAACAAGUUGGAGCGGCAUGGAAGUUCAAGGCCAAGGAUAUCCUUAUGCUCUGAAUGCUCCGGAUCAUACAGCGACAACGACAAUGCCGAUGGGGAUGAAGAUGGAUUUUGGCGCAAGUGGACUGUUAUCGCAGCAUUCGAAUCACCUUCAGGUGCCAGUGUCUGUGCCUAUGGUUGUCGAUCCUCCAAGUAGCUACAAUCUUGAUUUUGCGCAUCCCGUUUCGGUCGGCAUGUUCCCUACAGCUAAUUAUUGGACUUUGGGACCUGGACCCUCACCUCCCUAGCACGGGGAGUUGUGUUUGGCUCUGAUUAAUAGAUGGUGGUUGUGGUGUCUUUACUCACGAUACACGGAUACUUCAUUCAGAUUUUUCCUUCCUUCUUUUCUUUUUUCUUCACACUCCUCUUUUCGGCGUGCGUACUUUUACUUUUCUUUGUACAUAUCUCCCACUUCACUUCACUGUACAUAUAUAGCCCCCUCCUCAAUUGUCUAUCAUCUCUUUUCCUUGUUUGCUUUUCUACUGCUUAUUAUGCCCCAUGUGACAUCUGUAUGUGUGUUUUCCCUCCUCUUUCUUUGUCAGUUAACGUGUGUCUCGACUCUCCUCGUCUUUAUGCUCACUCCUCUGUGUACUACUGCCCUUGUAUUCCUCCAUAGACUCUUCAGUGCUCUCUCUCAUUGGGGUCCAGUCUGCGAUGUCGGGACGGGUAUGGAAACAUAUCUGCAUUUUUUUUUCUUUCUCGAAUCUAGUUGUGUGCUUGAUUGACUGCUUGAGUGUAACCGAUGUCUUGAAAGAUGUUACCAAGGUCUGACGUUUCGUA